UAGAUAGCAACGCACCUUGAGACUAAGAAAGGGCAUAUAUCGUCUCCAGUCUUCAAAACAGACGCCAAAACUCUCUCUUUCGUGAAUCUCUGUCCUCGAUCGAUAACGACGAGCACCGCUCUAACUUCACCGGAAAACCAAAUUCCGUCGCAGAUCUUAUCAGGAUGAGUAACGAGCUUCUCGACAUCGAUCCUAUCGACCUUCAAUUCCCUUUUGAAUUGAAGAAGCAGAUCUCUUCGUCUCUCUAUUUGGCUAACAAGACGGACGAUUAUGUCGCCUUCAAGGUUAAAACGACGAAUCCGAAGAAGUAUUGUGUGAGGCCUAACACUGGUGUUGUUCUUCCGAGAUCCUCUUCCGAAGUUCUAGUGACCAUGCAAGCGCAAAAGGAAGCUCCUGCUGAUAUGCAGUGCAAGGACAAGUUCUUGCUUCAGUGUGUUGUGGCUAGUCCUGGUGCCACUGCCAAGGAUGUUACUCCUGAGAUGUUUAGCAAAGAGGCAGGGCAUCGAGUUGAGGAGACUAAAUUGAGAGUUGUCUAUGUUGAUCCACCACAGCCACCAUCACCGGUUCGUGAAGGAUCCGAAGAGGGCUCUUCACCGAGAGCUUCUGUCUCAGACAGUGCGAACGUUUCUGAUUUUACUACUGCUCCAAGAUUUAGAGUGGACAGGCUUGAACCUCAGGAAAACUCAUCUGAGGCGAGAGCUCUCAUCACAAGGCUCACCGAGGAAAAGAAGUCUGCGCUUCAACUAAACAAGAAACUUCAACAAGAAUUGGAGCAGUUGAAGCGUGAAAGCAAGAGGAGUCAGAGUGGUGGUGGAAUUCCGUUCAUGUACGUUCUGCUGGUGGGAUUAAUCGGUCUAAUCUUGGGAUACAUCAUGACGAGGACAUGAUCACGUUGAAUUGAAAGAAAGAAAGAAAGAAAGAAAGAAAGAAAACAGUGUUCCACAACCCACCCCCACAAAGUCUCAAAAGUAGCUCGGACAAACCAAAAAUACAUGGAAAGAAAAAUCAAAUUGUGUCGGAAGGACAUUCAGUCUUCUCUCUUGUCUUGUCGUCGUCCUUUGAUUGAAUCUUGAACUUAGUUGCGUUAGAGAAUUGUUAAUUACAGUUUACCACCAGACUUAGAAUUUUCAUCCCUUUGGAAUCCAAAAGACAUUUUUUCAGUGUGUUAUCCCCUCCGCUAA